AUGACCUCAAAACGUAUCCUUUUGCCACCCAUCUCCAUUUGCACAGUAGAAACGACCGCAAAUGCGGGGAUCCAGUCGGGACUUCAAGAUCCGGUCGAAAGUGAGCUGGGGCAAAUCCAUGCCGGAAUACUUGAUGAACACCGCACAGCAGUCGCGGCGACGGAAGAAAGUAAAACCCAAUAUUUGAAUCCAGAUCCUGCUGAAAAAUCUUUCUCAUUCAAUCCCAUGGAGACCACACCUGCGUCAGACGCAAACGAGAAGCACGAGAAAAAGACAAAUCCUAGGGAAUCAGACCGUGCAAGCGCAUCCAAUGCGUCACAGGCAUUCCAGCCCCUAAGCGAACGCAAGAAGGACGCUCACGACCAAACUGAGUCGGAGAAACCUCCAUCAUCUCCUACGAGGGCAAUUGAGUCGGUCAAGGAAGGAAGCGAUUACGAGGACUACGGGGAUUACGGCUGGAAAGCCAGCGCGGACGAGACCCCGCUGUUCGGGGCGGAGAAUGGCGAGGAAAAGACUUUCCUGGACGAUCGGUGCGUCUACGUCAGCACUCUGCUCUUAUGGGACCGUGACUACGACUUCGAAAACAUCACACAAGAGGAGAUAUUGGACAAAGUCACGAAGGCACUCGAUAAAGAGUAG